CGAUGAUGGAAUUUUGUGAAUUUAAUUGUAGGUCUAUGGUAGGUUGCUGAUGUCCUUGAUGAACAGAACGACGAUGAAGCCGCGACAAAGCCAAGUUAUAUACAUUUUGACGGUAGCCUCUUCUCAUAUUUUCCGACAAAUAAUGUGCUGAUUCAUCGUCAUCUUUUUUUCUUGUCUAUUAUAUAAACUAGACGGACCUUACGUAGAUGUCGAUCACAUCCCAAGCCUCAACAGCGACCAUCGCAGCCAGCCAACGCAUCAGCCAUCCAUCUUCGCUUGCGCUUGUUUCGCAAACACAUAGAUGCAGCGUUGCAUUUGGCCAGACAGGGUACGACAUGUCUGCCAAUGUCAGUCGUCGGUAGAUCGAGGCCCGCGCCAAUGAAUGCUACCCUGGCCAUGUACCAGGCAACUGCCGAGCGAACGACAAUCCUUGUUGAGGGAUUUCUUUUGUUCAUCUAUGUUUGUUUUACUUUUUCAAAAAAUCGCUGAUUUGUUUUUGAAGGAAUGCUUCUUCUGGUUUCAGAUCAAACCCGCCAACGGCAAUGUGUCCCCAUAUGCUGUCCAGCACAGUCAUGGUGCCCCGCGCCAGAUACUGGACUUCACUGUUGCUAUGUGCAGGAGGAAAGAAUAGAUCGGUGCGGCAUGGCAGAAGCAAAAUCGGCAUCUUCAACUGCUCUAGAGCCAGCUUGAGAUUACCGGGCUGUGGGCCGUGGAUCGAAAUGUCGCCAUGUUCCCAAGUAUACAACUGGCAGAGUAGAUCGUGAGCAUCCCACGAGCCAAGACCAUUCUUUUCGUCGUCUUCAAAGAGAGCUUCAAUAGUAUUAAAUCCAAGAGCUUUCCACCCUUCAGCGUCGAACCACUCGGUGCUAAAGGCCCAUCCUGUAAAUACCUUGCCAAACGCAACAGUUCCUUGGCGGCAAGGCGUCUUGUACUCGCCGCCGCACCAGUCUACACUGUUGAUAAUGGAAGCACGCAGAGCGGUUUGAAUAGCCUUAUUGUGCAUACUUGUGCGCGCAGACGUGGCCAGCGCAAUAAUACGAUGAGCAAAGUCGGGAUACAGGAUGCCCAUGUGGUAUGCCUGCUGACCACCCAUGGAGAAGCCAAUGUAGGCGACUAGAGAGCGGAUGCCGAGACUUCGGCACAACUUGUACUGCAAGUCAAUGUUGUCCUUGUAAGUGACCUUGGGAAACUUGGAUCCGCGGAUGCUCUGCUCUGCAUUAGACGGCGACGAUGACUCACUGCCGCCCAGCAAGCCGCAGAUGACGACAUAGUAAUUGCUCAGCACGGGUGGUUCGGUGCCUGUUUGCCGCCAUAGAAAUGUAAGCGAUUCUUCAAUCUUGCCGCCAAAGCAUGUCGGGAUGAGGAUGGCUGGUGAAGAGGGAUUUCCCACGGUUUUAUACGAAAUGGUGAGCGGUGGCAGAGGCGCUUCGCUGGCGGUAACUGCUGGUGCUGUAAAGUACUGAAUUUUCGACUCCAUGAUUCCCCCAACAAAUAUGAAUAAUGCGGAUUCUAUAAUUCACAAGUCUUUUGAAAGUAGUCUACAGAUAUGGUGAUGAAGAGGAGAGGUUGAGAUCGUCGCUGCCCCGCGCUGCAGCGAGGCUGAACUCCCACUCCCAUAUUAGUUGCAUUACUAAUUCCCAAUAUAUAUACAAAUACCGCUAAAGCCAAAAAGAAAACGCCCAAUUCUAUGCAAAAAUUAUACCCAAAAGAUUUCUAGUCAUCAUGAGCACUUCCAGUUUUCAAGACGCUCAUACAACCACCCGCUCGUGUGCAUCAGCGCCGUCUUACGCUGCGACAUGCCCUCGGCAUAUCCCUGGCCCAUCAUCAUCUUGUCGUCCAUCUUGCACAAAUCCUCGACAUAUGCCCACUGCAUACACUUGUCCCAGCUCUUGCAGGCGGCUUCGCAGUCUUCCACGCUCUGCCAGGCCUUCUUCCAGAGGGCGGCAUCGUAUUUGGCCUCCUUGGGCGGCUUCGGUGACCACUCGUUGUUUCCAGAAGCAACAGAGUACACACCAGACUGGUUAUCCCACCACUCGGCACGCUUCUUGACGUCGGGUAGAAUCAUGUGCUUGAAGAAAUCACCAUGCAUCAAUGGGCCCUUAGUGCUAAAGUCCCACGACUUCUCCAAGUCGUAGUACCGCGCCACGUCGCGGCUGUGCACCUUGUGCCACGACAGCACGGGUUUACACCAGUUGGACUGCUCAAAUGCAAAGUUCCAGUGCACAAGCGGGUUGAAGCCCCAGGUGAACUUGCCGUCGCCGCCGUUUUCGCCAAACUUUACGCCAUGGUCGCGCAGCGCCAACGCAAGCACCUGAUCGCCGCAGCAGUGGUCCUUGGUGUAUUGGUAGUACUUGGAUGUGAGGCUCUCUUUGGUGCUGCCAAAGGACUGUUCCCAUGCGCCACGGGAAAGGGCAAAGCCGGCACCGCCAUGGGCAAAGAUAACGUCGGACUUGGCGGCAUAGCUGCCGAGAUAGUGAGGCUUGGACGCGUCAAAGGACGAGAGGUACGAGAUGACAUUGGGCAGGAAGAGAUAGGCGUCGUCUUCCAUGUAAAUGUACCAUUUGGCCUUGGGCCAGUGGGCGCCGGCGUGCUCGACAAGGGGAACAAACUUGUACUUGUCAAUAAUCCAGCCGCCGACCGGACCCCAUUCAUCACCGGCUACGCCUGCGGCUUCCACGUAGUAGUUGUGGGAGUCGUACUCGGGCAGCUGGCGGUACACGGCGAAAUCUUCCUUGGCCUUCAUUUCAGAUGUCAUGUUGGCUAACGCAUCAAUGACCUGGAAACGGCCGACCGUCUGGGUCUGGUCCGAGUAGAUGGCAAUGUUUUCAGGCUUGAUGCGGUUCUCAUCCAGCGAUGUAGUGAGAUGGAUCAACAGGCGCUUCCAGAUGGUGGUACCGCCUGUCUUGACGAUGAGCAGGACAUCGUCGGCAGACAGACCAUUAUGCUGUAUGGAUGAAGGGGAUGAAGAUGCUUUUGGUAAUGAUGAUGAUGACUUUGUUGGUUGUGACGGCGGAUUUGCCUUGUGUGGUGUAGUAGCCUCCGUGAUGGGCUUUUGAGGCACUAUAGCGGCGGCUUGCUCGCUAGUCUUUUCCACCGAGACGACUUGCAGCGUCUCUCCUGGCUGUAUGGACGGAUCAAUAAAGCAGUAGAAUAGAAUGAGGCAUAUCGAGAUGACAAUGGCCGGUACAAGCCGGUUAUUCUUGUAAAUGUACGACAUUUUUGCGUAUCAAACGAAUCUCUACUCUUCACUCGAAUGUGCACAAAGUCGGAAGCAAUCAGGGCCUCUCCUUCAUGAUAUUUAAUCCGCCGCCGUAUUUUCUGUAUUAGCCUUGGAAAACGCCACACGCUAAGGCAGCACAGCACAGCCUAGAAGGGGUUACGGGGGGAAUACGGGGGCCGAACCAAUGCCUAAAUGGGAGCUGAAUCAGCGCCCAUGUCCGCGUUUUUGCCUUUAUUUUCUUCAGCCCCGAUCCUGCAGUGGAAGGUUUUGUUCCCGUCGCACCGCUGGAGCCAGCGAGUCAAGAUUUCGCUUCAGGCAAGGCCCACAGCCUGAGAUUAAUGGGAUCGUCGCUGGAGAUUACGGCCGCCGCCGAAAAAGGGGUUCUUUGUCUAACGUGCGGCCGAACCAGCGGCAUGAAGAAGCCAAAUUUGGUGUAAAUGCAAAUGCCUUUAACGCUGUACCGUACAAUGGUAUUCUCAAAUUGUACAAAAUAACCUUUUUCAACGGGUUGAAGGGUGUGAACUUGCUGAGCUUUGCAUACCCUUGCCGGAUGAGGUCACGCCUCUUUUCAUAGCCCCCUUGGCUAGGCUCGUAUUCUGCCUGCAGCCCCAUCGUGAAUAAGCAACCGAAUGCUACGUUGAUAAAAUGGAAGCAAAAGGCAAAAGCUCUUUUUCUGCACGUUUCCGCCCGUGGCGCAGCAGAAGCCUAAAUCCCGACGCCUGGUUCAUUGCAUGAAGGUGACUCCUUACAAGGCUAUCGGUACCGUACCGAGAGCCAUGGCAUGGCUCGUUGUAAUUAGUAGCUUAGGCAGUUGACUUGGCGGUGCAAAUCCUUAUAUGAAUGCUACGCCGUUGAGCGUGAACCCUGGCGAUUGACCAUCCUUUCCCUCUUUAGUUUCGCCUUUUUCAACUCCUUCACCUUCGUUACCGUCACUCGUUUUCUUCUUGUUUUCCUUCAAACAUGAGCAUCUACGGGGACGAGCCGUACUCUGUCCCAGCGGCAGCCCGAGGCAGACCGGUCUCAUACGCCCGAAUGUUCAUGUACAUUCUCGGUUGUAUUGUUUCGCUCCCGCUCUGCUACAUUGCCACCAUGCACAGCAGAUAUCCCGUCAGCCUGGAUCUCUUUAUUACCAUUGCUCUCGCUGAGCUGGCGCGUUUCUGCAACGAAGGCCGCCGGCUCAACUUUUACAAUGUCACCACACCAGCGCCCCUUGCGUCCCUCGGAGAAAAGUCUUUGACCGAGGAAAAGGAACCACUCUCUGCAAAUGAUCCGGAAAGCGGCAUCUUGCAUGACACCAAACUCGAAUGCAUGGCGGCCGUGGUUGGCUGGAGAGAGGAUCCGGCCCUAUUUACCCGCGCCAUGGAGAGCUACAAGACGGCAAAAUCAUGCUCGUUCCUGCUCGUCGGCAUUGACGGCGACGAAAAGCCCGAUUUGGAAAUGAUGCAGGUAUUCAGCCGCGUGUAUCCUGACAAUUCCAUGACCCUGCAUAUUCCCGAUCCCUUUGGCGAGGUGGCGGAGAGCCUCAUGGAUAAGCUGAUUGCCAUGGCCCAUGAGAAUGAGCAGCCUGUCAAUUUGGAAGAAUGUCACCAGGUUGUCAUUCGCCGCUGCAUGCAGCUUGCAAGAGCCAUUCUCGACCAAGAGAACAAUAUCUCGUUUACCGGCCCCAAUGCCAUUCGCCAGCUCUGUAUCCGCCAGCGCCAUAUGCACAAGAAGGGCAUCAUGUUCACCACGUAUAUUUUCGCCUUGGUGAUUGCCGAUAUUCUCGGCAUCGAGUUCCUCUGGUCCUCGGACUCGGAUACCAUUGUAUCGCCAGACUCGCUGCACCGCACCAUUGAUACCAUUGCCGCUGACCCAACCAUUGGCGGUGCCAGCUCGGGUCUCGUGGUGCAUAACGCGCAGGAAGCCAUGGUCACAAAGCUUGCCUCGACCGUCUACUGGGGCGAGCUCUAUCUCACCCGUUCCACGCCCGCGGCGGCAGCCACGAGUGAUUGCCAGAGUGGUCCAACAACCGUCUUUCGCUUAUCCGCCCUCCCACCUAUCCUCGUUCCUUGGUAUCUCCAAACCCUCUUUGGUAAACGCAUGAUUAUCAAUGAGGAUCGUCACUUGACAACCAACCUCCUGAAACGUGGAUGGCGCGUCGUCUUUGCAUCGGAUGUCCUUGCUGCCACAGACACGCCAAACACACUAUCCCGCUGGCUCAAGCAGCAAGUCCGCUGGGCACGCGCCACGCACAUGGAAUCUCUCUUGCAGCCGCGAGUCUAUCUCGAGACGAAUCCGCUUCUGUUUUACAGCAUGGCACGCCGCGAGUUUGGUCCUGUCAUUGCUGCCGUUGCCGUUGUAUACUACUUUUGCACCACGCAGCAGUUCAUUGUCGUGUCUGUGCUGGAUCUUGUGCUGCGUGUCAUUGUCAGCGUCCUAUACAACUUUGUGCGCAACCCGCACCGCCUCAGCGCGCGGGAACUCGCCUGGGUCGCUCCGGGCAUCUUCUUCUAUCAUGUUCCCCUGCCCGCCGUGCAUGUCUGGAGCAUGAUGACCCUGACAGCGGAUGGCUGGGGCACGACGAUGCGAUCGAGUGCUGAGCGUGCUAAGAAGGACGACGUGCUCAAGGCGUGGUGGGAGACGGGCUUCUUUGUCGUCUGGAUGGGCAUUGUUGCCGGCUGUGUGGCCAAGUACACCAUGAUGGCGUAUGGAUUCGACAGAGUGUACGUUGCUCUGGCCAUGGCGAGUAGCGUGAUGAUGGCGAGCGGUUGGGCGUGGAAAGUGACCAUCGCAAAUGCAUGAUUAACGACUAUAGAAUAGAUUUAGAGGAUAUGGCGUAUUGGUUUUGCACUUUUGGCGGGUUACAGUCAUAGAUUUCUGCUGUUUCUAGAUUUUGUUCGCGAUCAUUCCUAAUAAUUCUUGCGUUGCUUGGAUAUAUUAUGCAUUGGUGGAAAUUUACACGGCUGGCAGCCAGCUGGCAUAUGUGCUCUGACAGUUGGCAGCUCUCAAUUGGCACCUGGCAGGAGUAACCCCAACCCUCAUCAAGAUCUCGCUCGCCCACCAGAGUUGUCAUCGCCACACCCACCCACUUACAACAUCAGGCCGCG